GCCGAAUUAGUGCUAGCCUGGCACCCCAUACUAGCGCCUCUCCCUGGAAGUGCGUGCCUAUUGGCGGCUCUCGCAGUCACAUACGCACCAGGAAUGAGUAUAGAAAUCCCUGAGGGGCUGACCGAGCUACUGCAGAGCUUUACCGUGCAGGUGUUAAGGAAGCAGCCAGAGGACCUGCUGGAAUUCGCCUUGCAGUACUUCACCCAGCUCAAGCAGUCUCAGAGCCAGGGCGCCCCCUUCAGCCAUGGCAUGGAAUUACCCUUCAGCCUCACUAAAGGGGUCAAUUUCGCCGAGGAGCCCAGCAUGCAGACUGACUCUGAAAACGGCGAAGAGGAUGAAGAGGACUUUGUGGCUCCAGUGAUAAACAGAUUUUCAAGAAGAGCAUCAGUGUGUGCAGAAGCCUACAAUCCAGAUGAAGAAGAUGAUGACACUGAAGUAAAGAUUUUAUUUCCAAAAACAGAUGACCAACGGAAUCGACUACAAGAAGCUUGCACGGAUAUUCUUCUGUUUAAGAAUUUAGAUCAAGAACAGAUGUCUCAGGUAUUAGAUGCAAUGUUUGAAAAACUCGUCCAGUGUGGAGAACAUGUAAUUGAUCAGGGCGAUGAUGGUGACAACUUUUAUGUAAUUGACAGGGGAACCUAUGAUAUUUUUGUGAAAUCUGAUGGAGUUGCAAGGUGUGUUUGUGCCUAUGAUAACCGUGGAAGUUUUGGGGAAUUGGCAUUAAUGUAUAAUACGCCUAGAGCUGCUACAAUUGUUGCUACAUCUGUUGGUGCUAUAUGGGGUUUGGAUAGGGCAACUUUCCGGAGAAUUAUUGUAAAAAACAAUGCCAAAAAGAGAAGGCUGUAUGAAAAUUUUAUAGAAUCAUUGCCAUUCUUGAAGUCAUUGGAAUUUUCAGAACGUUUGAAAGUGGUGGAUGUCAUUGGCACUAAAACAUACUGUGAUGAAGAACAAAUCAUUGCUCAGGGUGAUGGUGCAGAUAGUUUUUUCAUUGUUGAAUCUGGAGAAGUGAGGAUAACUAUGAAAAGCAAGAGCAAGCCAGAUGCUGAAACAAAUGAAGCUGUUGAGAUCGCCCGCUAUACCAGAGGGCAGUAUUUUGGAGAGCUAGCCUUGGUAACCAACAAACCUAGAGCUGCUUCAGCCUAUGCUGUAGGAAACGUCAAAUGCUUGGUCAUGGAUGUGCAGGCUUUUGAAAGACUCCUGGGACCAUGCAUGGAGAUAAUGAAAAGAAACAUUGCAAACUAUGAAGAACAGCUUGUUGCCCUGUUUGGAACAAACAUGGACAUUGCUGAUCCCAGUACAUGAAUGGUGAACACAGAAGAGAUGGUUUGGGAUGAAUAUGAGCACAGCAGUGGUCAGAUCACUGAAAAUGUGUUAAUCUUUUAUACAGAUGCAAAGCAUUUUAUGUACUUUUUUUUUUACAAACCAUGUUUUACAAUACUAGAGAAAUUAGUUUUUGCAUUUGUCUGCUAGCCAAAGUUAGGAUAAUUCAAUCUAAGUUGUUGUGGGGAUAGGCAUGCAGCUUUUGCAGAAUUUCAACAGUGCUUCUGUGUGUUAUAGUACAGAAAAUCUGUAGUUCAUGUUAUGGCCCAUCCACAUACUAUAUAACUUUUGUACUGAGUCAUGAUUCAUGUUGGCUAAAACUCCUCUGGAAGCACAAUGGCAGAAUUAAAAUGAAUCACAAGCAAAUAUAUUUAAAUCCUGUUGCCUUUAUUAGGUAAUUGUAUAAAGGACCGUGUAUGGGUGGAUUAUACCAUCAGAAAAUGCAAUUGUUAAAAGGUACCUGUAUAUAAUAAUGCAGUUGCUAGGCAGUGCUGUAAGAAAAUGGUACUAUGUCAGUUGUAUAUUAAUUUCAAGUUUGUACAAUGACGUUUUACCUUAGAGACUGGUGGACAAGUAUUAGUAUGACAUUAAUUGUGUUGCAAAUUUUGUAGAUGGACUCUUCCUGUAAUAAUACAUCUUAAUGUAGAUUAUUCUAAAAUGUGUAUAGGACCUAUUAUCUGGACACUAGAUACUUUUUCCAAAAAUCUCUGCAAAAUUGCAGUAGUAGUGUUUAAUUAAAAAUCCCACAGUUGUCAUUUUUGACUGGUUUUUGACCUUGUACUUAAUGCUAACUAAGCUAUCUAAAAUACAGGUUGUUCGCAAAUCGUUCCUAUUUUUUUUUUUCAAUUAGCUUUUAGCCUUAAAGGGGUUGUUCACCUUUCAAACACUUUUUUCAGUUCAGUUGUUUUCACAUUGUACCCCAGAAAUAGACUUUUUUUUUCAAUUAUUUUCCAUUAUUUAUUUUUUACUGUUUUUCUAAAAUCUAUAUUUAAAGUUUAAUGUCCCUGUCUCUGGCAGCUCAGUAAUUCAGAUGCAGACUAUAAACUGUUACAAUUUUGCAACAUUUAGUUGAUACAUUUCUCAGCAGCAUCUCUGUAGUAUUAGCAACAAUUGUAUCAAUUUUAACAGGAAUUCUGCUCAGCAGGGACAAAGAUAAGAAAUGUAUCAACUAAAUGUAUCAAUUUAGAACAGUUUACAGGGUCGGCGACCCCCCCUUCCCAGAACUGCUUUAGAAGGUGAAAAUUACACUUCAAUAUUAGAAAAACAGCCACAUGUAGAAAAUAGAAAGUGAUUGGAAAAAUGUCGUCUUUUCUGGUGAUCUGUCUGAAAACAACUAUUUGUUUGAAGGUGAACAACCGCUUUAAGGUACAGUGCUUCAAAUUAUGGAAAGAACCCUUAGGGCUCAUGCAUUCUGGAUACUAGAUAUUGAUUCUGACAUUUUGUUUAAUCUGAACCUGAUGUAAUUUACAGCUUUAUUGCUGUAGUGAGUGCAUUAUAGAAAAUCAAACCAACCAACUACUUGUUCAAAAUUAGCUAUUUUGUAUUGAACAGGGGGAGGGUAGUGGGGCAUGAAAGAGGAAUUGAAAAUAGAGGGGAAGGUUCAAUCUUGGUCAUUCAGGAGGGAUCAUUGCAUAGUGUGUUCUUCAUAGGUACCUCAGGUUGUGUUGUUGGCUUCCAGCUGUAGGCUGUUCAGGUACAGUCGGCUGACCACAGAAACCACUCCAGCUUUCCUUCAUAGCUCCUCUCUAGAGCUAAAGGGUUUAUAGAGAGUUUAUCUCUGAUAGUCUCCAUUGCUAUAAUCCAGUUCACUUUAAUUAUCAUUUCUAUUAACAAGGGAUUUGUGGUUGUUUGCCUCUGUAAGGAUGUGGUUGGCCAGUUUGUUGGAUUGUUUUGAGAGUAUUUCUCGCAUUUUCAUGCCGAACAGAAAUGUUUGUGAGGCUUUGGAGAACAGAGUCUCUACCAUUUUCCAGAACACUUGAACAAUCUGAAACCAACUGAACUGAAAAAAGUGUUUGAAGGUGAACAACCCCUUUAAACAGUCUAUUACAAGUCAGAAAAUGAAAGGAAAAACAUGAUUGAUUCCUACAGGCAUAUUUUUCCCCAAGAGUUUACUUUUAAAAGUCAUUAUUUUUAUAUAAAUGAAAGUAAGUAAGCUUUAUUCAUAGAGCAAACUAAAAGCAAAGUUGUUAGGGUGAUCUGCAUUGUAUAUACAUGCAAAAUUAUCUGCCUUUGUAUAAAUGUAAAAUUGUCAUUUUUUAUUGUUAAGAUACAGUAAUUGCUCUAGAUUUCAGUUGUAUUUAAAAUGAAGAAAAAUAAACCAGUCAUACAGAAAAACAGCACCAUAUACUAAUUAGAAUAAAAAGUAUUGAUUGUUUUUUCCUCAUGAAUUCAAGUACACUUUAAAAUAAAGGACACAUUUAAUUAAA